UGCAUACGAUACCCACAUACACAUACAUGCAUCAUCCGUCAGCAACUAAAUCUAUACGAGUGUCUGGUUGAGUGGCCAAGACACACACACCGCAUCAAACAAUGCUAACCCUCAAUCUCAAUGCUGUUUCUUCUUCGUUCUAUGUUCUUCCCUUUAAUACCCAUUGUCCAUUUUCUACUCAAACUCAAUUGUUUGUUCCUUCCAAUCUUAAUUACUCCUUUGCUACUACAGCAACCAGAAAGUUCAAGACAUUUCAGCUCAAGGCUGGAUUCUGGGAAUCAAUUAAAUCUGGGUUAAUGAAGAAUAACACAACGCAAGUCAUUGAUCCACCAUCAAUAGAUGAAGAAGAUGAGGAACCUCUGCCUCAAGAGUUUGUCCUUGUGGAAAAGACAGAACCUGAUGGAACAAUUGAGCAAAUAGUAUUCUCUUCGGGUGGAGACAUUGAUGUUUAUGAUCUUCAAGCCCUCUGUGAUAAGGUAGGGUGGCCGCGUAGACCAUUGUCAAAAUUAGCUGCUGCUUUGAAAAAUAGCUAUAUAGUGGCCUCACUGCACUCUAUAAGAAAGUCACCUGGGUCAGAGGGGAAUGAACAAAAGAGAUUAAUUGGCAUGGCCCGUGCUACAUCAGACCAUGCCUUCAAUGCCACAAUUUGGGAUGUCCUGGUUGAUCCUAGCUACCAGGGCCAAGGUCUUGGUAAAGCUCUUGUAGAGAAACUCAUUCGAGCUCUUCUGCAGAAGGACAUUGGCAAUAUAACUUUGUUUGCAGAUAGUCAAGUUGUGGAGUUUUACCGCAAUUUAGGUUUUGAAGCUGACCCGGAGGGCAUAAAAGGCAUGUUUUGGUACCCAAAUCAUUAAUUACAACCCCCAAAUAUGUUACUUCGGUUAACAUUGCAUCCAUGAAGAAUAUAGGGGACCAGCAGUGGCAAGUUUGCCUAUUACACUUAUAUAUAUGAAAGUAUAAAGGAUUGGACUUCAAUCAUGUAAUUGUUGUGUUAGGCGUUAACAAGUUAUUCAUUUUUCCAAAGUUUUGCUACUCUUCAAACAGACAAUUGUGAGGUUUUUGUUGGUCUAACUGCUUUAUAUAUGAAAAACCUGAAAAUGUCAGUUACUACUUAGUGCAUGCUUGGAUUCACAUUUGAAUGGACAAGGAUUUAUGUU